AUGUCAGACGAACCUCCACCACGGAAACGGGUCCGGAAAUCGCGUGGCAGAGGCCUGCGCGUGAAGACGGGCUGCAUCCCCUGCCGGAAUCGUCAUCUCAAAUGUGGCGAAGAGAAGCCCAGUUGCAGCGCUUGUGUGAGGGCUCGCGCUGAGUGUGUCUACUCAAGCAAUAAUGGCGAUGGUGCCAUGGCGACCAAUCCCGAUCAUGCUACCUCUACCAUGGGCCGGAGCGGGCGUUCGUGGAGUCUAAACUCAACAUCAAGCGCACAACAAGCACAUGCAGAAAGAAGUGGAUCUUGUGCUUCCCAAAGCACAGCUCUCCCGGAAGCCGUCCGCCCUGUGCAUCGCCAAGAUGAUGCUCUCCCACCUCAGCAUGUUUCCCCUGCGGUAGCGGAUCAUCCUGCCGCGCGAGAGAGCGUUGCAUAUCCCUACACACCCGCCUUUUCCGAAAGCCUCGCAGCCGUGGGCGACCUGCAAUCUGGCGCGGGAGAAAGCCUACCUGCGACAAGUCCUGAUCCCACAUGGCCUCCACAGAGCUACACAGCCGAGGCGGCUUCGCUCAGAUGGUUUGGCCUGCUGGCUACAGACCAAGAUCGUUUGGAUCUUUCACCUUCAUGGCUGCAUGCUCAUAGCAGAUCGCCGGAGACGCCGCGAUCUGAAGUGGCAGUUGCGGUAGCUCCUGCAUCCUUCUACACCAGCCAAGAUCAAGUCAUACUCGGACCGCAAGAAAUGCUCAUUUUUCGACAUUUUGUACAGCAUCUCAGCUCCUGGAUUGACGCAACCGACCCGGAUCGUCUAUUCUCGGUCCUCGUGCCCUCCAUGGCGCUGAGAAAUAGCGGUCUGAUGUCUGCGAUCCUCGCGUUUUCAUCCCGACAUCUAUCUCUGCACCCAGUCACUGCAGCGCAGCUUGGCUUGGAUGAGCUGGGUCGAGAUGUGGGUGUGGAGUACUAUCAUGCCACCCUUCAAUACCUCCAGAAAGAGAUGAAGAAAGUACCCUAUCUCACCAGUGAUGAGCUACUUGCGACGGUACUUACAAUCUCCAGCUACGAAAUGAUAGACGAAUCGGAUGGGGGUUGGGAACGACAUCUCAAAGGAGUCUUCUGGAUCCAGCGCUCGCAACUCAUCCACGGAGAGUCGGAAGGCCUGAAAAAGAGCAUAUGGUGGAGCUGGCUACGCCAGGACAUCUGGGCAGCCUUUAAAGAUCGGCGAAAGAUCCUCUCCUUUUACAACCUGCGGCGACCCUGCUCUGGAUUGAACUUCUGGGAGCUGGUGAACAGAUCGGUCUACCUUCUUGGUCAAUGCGUCAACUACGCCAGCGACGCCGAAAUCGAAGCCGGACGUUUACAGCUGGAACUGCGAAUCCUUCGAGCCCAGACUCUAGAGGCGAGUCUCGACGAGUGGCACCAUCAUUUCGCCAGAUUUGACUGUCGACUGCCUACUCCCUUGGAAGGAAGCACCAUGUUCACGCCUUUGUGGAUCAAUCCACCAGCCGCCUCGUUGGCCAUCCAGGUCCACUAUCUAUCACGUCUCCUGUUGCUCGAGAACAAGCCGGCAGCAGGUGGUAUGCGGGAGCUAUCCGUACGUGAGCCGCUGCGUAGGGAAGCGAUUGGUAUCAUAGGUGGUAUCGCUUGCUGUACGGAUAGCGAGGCGUCGAUCCUGGUCUCUAUGAUUUGUUUAUAUGGGGCCGGUCAGCAGACUAGGGAAUUGGCUGUGCAAGAGGAGAUUUGCAAGUUGUUGCACAGUCAUCAGGAAAAAGUAAAGUGGCCGUCAUAUGACUUGUCAGCUGAGCUGCGUAAAGAUCAAUCUGCAGGCGUGCGGUGA